GCCUGCGCGGAGGACUCGUAAAGUGUCGCGUGUACGCGUGUACGUUCUCUCUGAGUCUCUGCGCGUUUCAGGUUUUCCGUUUUAGUUCGAGUUGCACUGCUGCACGACGUGGUCGCAACCAGUCACAACUCGUAGCGCAUUGUAACGCACGCGUCGCGACGCGCAACAACAUAUACGCGCGUUAAACUCGCUUUCAGCAAUCGGCCGCGUUUGAGUCCUUUGAGAAGUGAAGAGUGCAUCUCUCUCUCUCUCUCUCUCUCUCUCUCUCUCUCUCUCUCUCUCUUUCUCUCUCUCGAGACUUAAUUGCAAAUUGAGAAGAAUUCUGUUUGAAAAGAAGAAGAGAAGAGAACGCAACUCUCUCGCGCAAUCAUUGACUUCACUUUACGAACUUUGUUGUGUUCUUCGAGAGCAGACACUCGGAGUCGCGGCAGUGUUCGAAGUGAAAUCGAGUUUCCCUGGCGAAGCGAUAGGAGUGACGGUACACGUGGUGGACGGAGCGCGUGUCAGGGUCGCUAAAACGAGUAAGGGUGACACGCACAGGGAAGAAAGAAUCGAUUGUCAUUAAAUCGAACUGAAAAUCCUUCAAACUGGGCGACGGAAAAGGGAAACAUCGACGAGUGAGAAUGGCGGAUGAAGCCCAGCAAAGCCAACAGCCAACUGCUAAAAGGCACAAGGUUCUAAGUCAUCUACCCAUCAUCAUCAAAGCGCUUGAAUUGAUACUGGCCGUUUUUGCAAUUGGUUUAUCAGUGGAUCCGAUGAACUCGUUCCAGCGCAUUUUCAACAGGCCGCGAUUCAAGCUGGACGAUGCAGCCACUAUCUACGUCUCGGUCGCCGGUUAUAUUCUCAUCAAUGCACUCUUCAUCAUCAGUCAUAUGCUGGGUGAUCGCGUGCCAAAAAGAACGUUGCUGAUGUUCGCAACCAUAGGCGCGUUUAUGCACGUGGUGGCCGGAAGCUUGAUGGUCCAUAAUUGGCGCCAGAUGAAUGGUCCUUACUAUUAUGUGCAUAACAACGAGAUCCAUCCUAGCAAACAGUACAUGGAUAUGCUUGUAUCAGCAGCAGUAUUUACAUUCAUAACCGCAGCAGCAUUUGUCGCGGAAAUUGUCGCCAUUAUAAGAUAUGCGUAAAUAUGUGCGUCUCCGCAAGAAAGUCCGUUGAUUCAAGCGAAGGACCUCACGAAUAUCACCAAAGCUAUGGAUAGUUUAUUAUAAAAAGGAAUAUAUGAAAGAUUUUAAUUUUUUAAAGCCGUAUACACACCUAGAGAACGAACAGUGAACGCAAAACUUUGUGUUGUUAUUUGUUACAUAAAAGUUGCACAAGUUUAAUUGCUAUGUGCAACGAACAUCCAACCUGAUCGAAUGCUAGUAUUCGGUGCAAUUAAGAAAAAGAAUAAACUGCUCACAAACGCGAAUGUCUGACAUUCGCGUUCGUUCGCUAGAUGUAUACACGGCUGAAUAUUUAUUACAUAAGCAAUUUCAUAAAACUUUCUGAAAUUUAUAUGACUAUUAAUUUAUUUGAUACUUUAAUAGCUGCAUUCAGCAAAGAAAACAACUUUGAUUGGCGAUAAGUGAGGAGCUUAGGGCCCAAAACCAAUCGAGAGGGAUUCGAUAACGCAUAUCGCUAAUCGGUCAAUUUAAAAUAAAAUAUUCUUAUUGAUAGCAGUGAAAAACGGAAUUCUUUCGAUCAAUCAUAUUAAAGAAUAUUACAACAAUUAUACAAAGCUAUUACCUGUGCUGAAAGCAGCUAUUAUUUUAUAA